AUGGAGCAAGGCAGAAUUGUAGAAGACCCUCCUAAGUACGACCGAAGCCGUCCGCUUGCAUCUAUCGAGCUUGCCUAUCAAUAUAAACUACCAAAUUGCCCCGGAAAGUCUAGCAUCGGUUUGAAGGUCACCUUUCCUCCGAAUGCUUCGACUCCUCCACAUCGCCACGCGGGGGCGUCGGUCUCAGUGCUAGUACUGGAAGGCGCUGUGCUGAACAAAAUGAACAACGAGCCAACCCGGGUAUUUACAAAGGGAGGAAGCUUCUUUGAGGCUCCAGGAUGUCACCAUAGGGUCAGCGAUAAUUACAGCACCACGGAAUCAGCUGUGAUUCUUGCAACCUUGGUUGUUGAUACGGAGGUUGUACAAAAGGGAGGGCUGGCAGCUCUGACAGUCUUUGAUGAGGAGUACAGAGAUAUUCAGCUUUAG